AUGGUGAACCUCCAGGCCGUCCAGGCGCACAAUGCGACUCUCAAAUCCCUAACUUCAGGUCUCGUCGCGGUAUUUGUCGGCGGCACUUCGGGCAUCGCCCUCUCAACCGCCCUCGCCCUCACCCGUCACACCCACUCCCCCAAGAUCUACCUCAUCGGCCGCAGCCAGUCCGCCGCUGAUGCUGCCAUCGCCUCCAUGAAAUCUAUCAACUCCUCCGCCCAGCCAACCUUUCUCCAAACCGACAUAUCCCUUCUCAAAAAUGUCGACAGCGUCUGCGCCGAGAUUGCGGCAAGAGAGAAAAAAGUGAAUCUGCUUUUCAUGACCCCCGGAUACCUGACGGUGAAAGGCCGGGACGAGACGGCCGAAGGUCUGGACCGCAAAUUCGUGCUGCAUUAUUACGCGCGGAUGCGGUUCAUCACCAACCUGCUUCCCCUCUUGAACGCAGCCGCGCAAGAAUCCUCUGUCCACGGCAACGCCAGACUAUCCCGCGUCGUGUCUGUCCUAGACCCGAUGGUUUCCGUCCGCGGUGGCGGCCCCGGUACGCUCGACUUCUCGGACCUCAGUCUGAAGCACACCUUUAGCCUCAAGAAAUGCGGCUGGCACGCCAGCCUGAUGGGUAAUUUCUUCUUGGAGAGCGCGGCCCAGCAAAACCCGCAUACCUCCUUCCUCCACGCGUACCCCUCUGGCGUGGCCACGGGCGUGUUGCGUGAACUGCCGGCUGGACGCGUGCUGUCGGCCGUGCUGAUGCCGCUGUUAAGACCAUUCUUGGUUCCCCUUGAGGAGAGUGGAGAGAGGCAUUUGUUUGCGGCGACGAGUGGGAGAUAUCCUCCGAAAGCUGAGGGAGAGGACAUGGAAGGGGAUGUCGCAAUUGGCAGCGAUGGGACAAAGGGAAGUGGGUGUUACUGGGUGAGUUGGGACGGUGAGGUGUUUCCGCCAAACGAGAAAAUGGAGAGAACGAGGGGGCAGAGCGCGGCAGAGAAGGUGGCGCAGCACACAGAGGAGGUGUUUAAGCAGGUUUGCGAAGAGGGCAAGACAUACCCGUGA